AUGGACGACUCCUUAGGCGGUCUCAAUGCAACCGCUCCAUCUCUUGAUUAUGGAAACAGAUCCGAAGAAAUUGCACCUUGUUCAAGUCGUCGAGGCGCUACAGAGCAGAAUUCCUCUACGGCAGCACAACGAAUGAGGCGACAACGUGCCAAUGAGACCGAAGAGGCGAAGAAUCGACGUCUGCGAACUGUACGAGAACGAGUACGACUGAAACGUGCUAACGAUACUCUCGAACAACGAUUGCGACGACUACAAGCAGAUCGAGAUCAACAAAGACGAACUCGCCUACUUGAAAAGAGCGAAGAGAAAUCGUUGCGAUUACAAAAGAUCAUCAAGCGACAACGAAUCAAAAGAGCACAGGAAACGAUCAUAGAACGAUUGGAACGUUUGCAUAGCGAGACUGAGCGACAAAGGGCGAGGAGAAUGACAGAAAGCGAGGCUCAGCGACGAAAUCGUUUGGAAAAGGAAGAAAUUACAAAGAAAUCUAUCUGUACUGGAAAUGAAAGGAAAGACCUUGGAAUUCACAACUGGGAGAAUUGGCAACGACGAAGUCUCGAAGUCAGAAACAGAAGCUACGACAUCUUCUUCCGGAUGGGACGGAAGCGUUUCGAAUUGUUCUGCCUCCUCAACUUAAGAGGAAUAAUGGCUGCUCAGCGCUACCAGGAUUUCAUAACGAUUAACAAGGAUGUCAACGACUUGAUGGGCAAAAUAAAGCGUGGUACAUUGCGGAAAUCUUUCUUCGGCAUGGGAACUCCUAAAAAGCAGUUCACGUAUAACGCCCGAAAACACUUCAAAACUGUCGACAUAAACGAAAUAUACGAAAAAUGGAGAAUGAGUAUGAAUGUGACUGAUUCUGAGGAUAACAAACUACGUCGUUUCAUACGUCACAUGAUGUCUGAAGUUGCCACCAAUCCAUUGGACGUGUUUUGA